AUGGAACAACUCAAGUCGUGGCAACAUGACAUUGCAGAGCGGUGCACUCACCUAACCGAACGUAUUUUCGCCAGAUACAUGGAUGAGUUCCCAGAUACAACAGAUAUGAUGGAAAUACCAAACCAUGUGCAUCGCCUACGGGCUCUAGUCGAAUACAGCAUGGAGGAUGAGGUCCGAGCCCAACUGUUGCUGUCAGUGGUUCAUGAAAUGAAUACCUACUUGUACCAGGACUUGGUGGAACAGGGACCGCAGGGGAAGACAGAACGGACACUGACACAGUUGAAGUUAACCCACACAGCCGAGCGCAUGAUCGGCUCGACGCUGCCCGCGUUCAAUCGUGCCGUCAGAGACCGCAGCUUCCUGGACAAGAUCACGAUUGUAGAUGGAGCUUUGGACGUCAUGGUGCAGGAAGUGCUGAUCCUACCGGAUGAAUAUUAUAGCAUAUACAACAUGAACAAAGGCACCCCUGGGAAAGUCCGUGCGCUCAGAAAACUAUUUGGAUGCCCAACGGUACCCAACGAGGCAAAGGCCAGCAUCUCGCUGAUUCUGGCUGUGUACAACUUACACAUCUUUGGCAUCUUCACCGAUGACCCCUAUAGCUUGUUGGAGAUUGUAACUCCUCAAGCGGGGGCUUCGGCUGUGUAG